AUGUUGCGACUCGGACUUUUUGCACUCGCCGCCGCUGAGGAGCCUUCCGUCAGAGCCGGCUGGCAAGAUGGAUUCAAGGCCUAUGCCACCACUGUUAUGAAGGACACCACUGGUCUUUGCGACACCUUGACCAAGUGCGUCGGAUCGAUGGAAAACUACUUCCGAAAGUACAUCCAGGACGAUUACACCAACACUUACGUCACUGUGGGCUGGUGCGCUGAGCCAGAGGACAACAAGCCCGACAUCAACGGCAACGUCUGGUGGUACGAUGGAUGGGAUGAUCCAGCCAACGGCGGCUCUGACAAGCCUUACUACGUCGUCGACGCCAACUGGGGCAACGUCAAGGCCUGCAACGGCAAGGGUAUGAUCAUGCGAGGAAUCGAGGUCGACAACUCCAUUUCGAUCUACGCCAACCCCGACUACUACCAUACAAAGUGGGACAUCUCCCACGAGCAGCCCAUGUUCGACUACUCUCCCCACCCAGGAUGCUGCAACCCAAGCGAGAACCGAUGCUGCAGCGGCAAGCAGUCUUGCAACUCUUGCAACGGCUCCACUUGCAACUGGAACGGUCAGCUCGUUACCGACUUCACCAGCUAUUGCCAGAAGGGCAACCCAUGUGGAAAGGCCGAUGUCAUGCAACAGAUGUGGUACAGAGACGUCAAGGACCAGCUCAAGCAGAACCCACACAUUGCGAUGACCAUGUGCGACAAGGUCGGCGGUAACGGACUUGGAUGGAACGACUACCCAACCAUGCACGAUCCAGCCUUCGAUCCCUCUGUUGAUGGACUCAUUGCCGCUGCUCUUUUCGAGCCCUUGGACAACGCCAACAACAUCCGAGAGCAUGUUGAAUGGGACAAGGCCCCCAAGGAAGGACCCGGCUCCGACCUCGGCGAUGGAGAUGGCUGGGAACCAUUCAAGUUCUCCCAGUGCUGCUCUACUGUCGUUAUCGCUCCCGCCAUCUAA